AUGCAAUACUACUUCGAUACUUCGUCGAAGAAGCUGCUAGAAGCAAGCCGCCACCUCCCCGCCACUCUUGAAUGCAAUUUACACCAUCUCUGCACGCCUUCUAUAUCGACUACCGCAGUACAGAAAUUCAGAUGGCAUUAUCGAGUGGAAUGGAAUCACCGUACCCGGUCUCACGAAGAGACUGCGGUAUACUUCCACAAUGAAUGCAUCAAGGACCUAAUUAAACUCAGCGCAGACCCGGAGCAAGUUCAUAGCCAGGAAUUACUAGCAGCAGCCAUCAUUCUUCGCACAGAUGAGGAGAUGGUGCACCACUACGAGAAAGUCACCAAAUCAGGAUUUGGACAUGAAUUAACCCCAUCAAAUACAUCAGACUUUCUCACAAAAAAGAGAUUCAAUUCUCUGUCUUUGCCCCAAGCAGAAAAUCCAGAGGGCUAUUGCCCAGACACUCUAAGCGAAGUUCUUUACUUAGUCGCCCUCCGCCAGGAACUAUUCUGCGCCUUCAUGCAACAACGUCUCCUCCAAUUCCCACUCGGCUAUUACAAUAGCUACCGCAGAUUCGCACCCAGAAACGACGUUAUCUGGUCAAACAGACUCGUUGGAUUCUGCGCAGACGUCUUCCAAUUCUGCUUCGGGGCCAGUGAAAUGGGCUCAGCCCAAACCCCAGAAAGAUCACAACGGGACGCCCUCGAAGCAAAAGAGGCCCAUAUCAAACGAUCCCUCCCCUCUUCCUUCGAGCCUUUCUACUGCCAGACCCCUUCUCCCGAGAACGGCGACAUUUUCCCCGAGAUCUGGUAUAGAGAUGACUGCUGCGUAACGGGUAUCAUGCACGCCGAGCUCUCGGGGAUUCUUCUAUCAGCCUUUGAUCCCAAAAGGCCCAAGUUAGGUCUUGGGUACACUGCAGGUGCUAAUGCGCUAGUUGAACAGUUGAGAGCCAGCAGUUCUGAGGUUGAGUGGGGUUGCUUUGAGUAA